GCACGCCUCAGUUGUGCCUCAGACGAUCGCCGAAAAGGUAUCCGAAAGCUCGCCCGCACUCCCAACCCCACAAUAGAAGAUCUCUCGCAGUAGAUACGGAAUCUGGAGGCAAUGCAAACGUUCCAACACAACGACAGUCAGCUCAUUUUGGUGCAGCAGAAUCUCCGAUCACUGCCCCUGGAGCUGGUCAAGCGGCAUGCGGAGCACGUGGAACUGCUAGACCUGAGCUAUAACUGUCUGAAGGAUCUGUCCUGGCUGGCGGAGUUCGAGCAGCUGCGUCAUUUGGUGCUGGACAACAAUCGGCUACACGAGGCACGACUACGGACAUUGACACAACCCCUGCCACAGCUGGAGGUGCUCAUGCUGAACAAGAAUGAGUUCAGUGACCUGCCCUCAACAAUGCGACUUAUCCGACGACUAUUUCCCAACCUGCAGUACCUGAGCCUCCACGGCAAUCCCAUUUGUCCAGAUGGCCUCGAGCUUCAGCCGUUCUCUGGGUACUUGCGCUACGACUACGAGUACUACAGCAAUUACAUUGCACAGUCACUGAACAAACUGAAAUUUCUGGAUCAUGGUCUGGUGCAACGCAGCUAUCAGUACGAGAGUUUUCCCAUCAAAAGCUACGGCAAGCAGCUGAUAAAAACAACGAGCUUUUGAUACGACUAUUCGAUAGAAUCUUCGAAAUGAAAUUUUUAUCCUAAACAGAA